AGCAGAGCUCGCAGCAGCUCACUUGUUUCGUCUCCGUUGACAAACCAAAGGAAAGCACACCAAGGAGAGGCCGCUACGACGACCGAGGGGAUGGCCCCCAAGAGGCAGCUGUUCGUCGCGGCUGGCGCCGGCACCGGCGCCGAGCCGCCUCCGGGGAAGCGCGUGCGGGUGGCGGAGGCUUCUGGCAGCAGCCCCGAGACGCCCUCGUCGCCGCGGAAGCGCUUUCUCGCCAUCGUGCUCGUCGUCCUCUUCUUCAAACGACCGAAGGGUCGGAGCAUGGACAGCGUCCUGAACUCCCCCUCGCAGAUUGGUCGCCUGGUGGUGAUGCAACUUGGGCAAAUUCUUCGUCUUCUUAAUACAAUUGUUCGCCAACAGGAAAGCAUCAAGGAGUGGAUUCAGGGCUCUCACCUAGACCACCACAAUCACGAGCAGCUCACGCAAGAGACCAAUCAGCAAUGGAUCAGUGCUGAAUCCAAAGUGUUGGCUACAAAGAGAGGCGAGGGCAAAAGCACAAGCAUUCGGCUGCGUUUUCUCAAUGGAAUGAAGACUCCCGUUUACCACGACGACGAGAUAAAAUCUGAGAGCAAUGGGGCCAUAAAGAUUGGCAUAUUCGAUGGAGACAAGAUGAUCAAAUCAGCCCCCCUUUCGAACGCGAAGAUUGAGAUCUUGGCCCUUGAGGGCAACUUCCCUUACGAUGCCAUGGACAGUUGGACUGCUAAGGAGUUCGAUGAACAUAUAGCCAGGGGUCGGGAUGGAAAAGGAAAUGUGUUGGCGGGUAAAGGAACAACUGCCCAGCUGAUCAACGGAGAGCGGGAUCUUGGUAGCAUCAAAUUCACAGAAGGGUCAUGCAUGGCUCGCAACAGGAUGUUCAUCGUCGGAGCAAGAGUCAUGGAGGGCGAACGAGCUGGUGUCCGGGUUCAAGAAGCUGUCAUGAAGCCGGUGGCCGUGAAGGUUCCCAGAAAUAAAUCAAAUGAAAAGAGUCAUCCUCCGAAGCUAGAUGAUGAGGUGUAUCGUUUGGAGGAAAUUGCCAAACAUGGCAAGUACCGCAAGAGGCUGGAGGAGAUGAGCAUCUUUACUGUGCAGGACUUCUUAAAGGCUCUAAAUAAGGACUCUGAUAACCUCGCCAGAAUUCUCAAGAUAAAGAAGGAAAACAAGGCCUGGGAGAAGAUGAUCGGGCAUGCUAAGGAGUGCCGUCUCGAAGGCAAGCACAAGCUGAAAUUGUAUACCUGCGCAGAGAAAAACGCGAAGCUUUUCUUCAAUUGUGUGCACCGUCUUGUUGGGGCAGCAUUUUCUGGUGGUCGUUACACGCCGUUUGACAAGUUCAAUCCGUUUGAACAGUCGUUAGUGGAUAAGCUGAAAGAGGGCGCGUACUCUGAAUUGGAUGUUCUUCCUGAGGAUCAUGUAAAGCUAGACAACUCUUCUGAUCCAAUUCACAUGGAUACAUAUGCUGCUGUUGGUGCUGGUCCAUCCUACAUGUCAAGUGCAACACAGCAGAAUUGGUCUGGUCGCCUUGCAGCUCAUCAAGUUGGAGGUAUGGCGGCAGUUGAAGGAUUGAUCCAUGGUCAGAUAGAGCCAUCCUGUGCGAAUGCGAACAAUGAUCCCGGCCCCAGCUUCUCAAUUCCUGAUCACCAUAGCAUACAUAACUAUCAAGGUGUUCCAGCAGUUGAAGGAUUGAGCCAUGGUCAGAUAGAGCCAUCCCGUGCGAAUGCCAACAAUGAUCCCGGCCCCAGCUCCUCGAUUCCUGAUCACCAUAGCAUACAUAACUAUCAAGUUGGAGGUAUUCCAGCAGUUGAAGGCUUUAGCCAUGGUCAGAUAGAGCCAUCCUGUGCGAAUGUGAACAAUGGUCCUGGUGCCAGCUUCUCCAUUCCUGAUCACCUGGGCACACAUAACUACCAAGAUCAAUGGACUUGGCUUGCUGGUCAGGAGCAGUUCUCCCCGGCUUUCAUCAAUGACUUGUAUCAGGACCCCCUUGGAGGACAUGGCUUCUCUUUUGAGACAACUGGCAUGAGUAAUAUGCGUCAAUUCGUCUCUCACGAAGAUGACACUAACAACUAUGUGGCACCAGGAUUAGGUCAGCUCUUCUGGCCAGACAAUGACACCGUAGAAGCAUCAACUUCUGCUCGCAUCAAUACGACAUUAACACAGCAGCAACUUACAGUCAUUGGUGCUCCAGGAUCGGCUCAAGGGAUCGUGCAGAGACAGAUGGAAGCUCCCUUACCCCCCAACAUUGGUGCCCCGGUGGCACCAGCUUCUGCUCAACGGACUCUCUCACCACAGCAAUGGUCUCAAUGCCAAGGAAACACACCCUGGAAUGGGUCACUCUGACGAUUGACAUGGUGCAGCUUAUCAUAUCCUGAACAUGGUUAGGACUAAGGAGCCUAGCAGCCCUGCAUCGAUUUGAUUCCCAGGAUCCAGUCCAGCAACAACAGUUAGCUCAAAAUGUAACGCAGUUUUACAGCAUGUAUCAUUACUCUCUUCUUCUUGUAAUGUAGAAUCUGUACUGUGGUAUCUGAUGCAGCUUUAGGCUUUGUGCUGCUGUUAAAGUGAUGCAAACCUCUA